AUGCGAUCUCCGCUCAUAGCCCCGCGCUUGCUCGCUCAUCACCACCACCACCACUACCGUCCCAUCACCGCUAUUCAACGCCGCUUCAUCUCUGCUUACGGCUACGAACAAGCCAAAGCUCUCGUGCUGCCCAACCUCGGGGAACCCAAAGACGUUCUCCGUCUACACGGUCACAGCAUAUCUCCUCCCACCGGCGACGCCGUGACCAUCCGCUUCCUCGCCUCUCCCAUCAAUCCGGCAGACAUCAAUCAAAUCCAAGGCGUAUACCCUACCAAGCCCACGUGGACGACUUCCCUCGGGACACCCGAGAACAUCGCCGUGGGCGGCAAUGAGGGUGUCGCCGAGGUGAUUAGCAAGGGAAGUGGUGUGAAGGGGUUGGAGAAGGGUGAUUGGGUCAUUAUGAAGAAGCAGGGGUUUGGCACGUGGAGGACUCAUGCGCAGACUACGGCAAGUGAACUAGUCAAGAUUGACACGGAAAAGAGAGAAGGGUUGAAGGCGGAGCAGGUGGGAACAGUCUCUGUGAAUCCUUGCACUGCAUAUCGAAUGUUGAAAGACUUUGUGGAGCUGAAGUCGGGAGAGGAUUGGUUCAUGCAGAAUGGCGCGAACAGUGGUGUGGGGAGGGCGGCGAUUCAGCUGGGAAAGCUGUGGGGGUAUAAGAGCAUCAAUGUGGUGAGGAAGAGAGAGAGCGGACAUGAGGAUCUCGUGCGAGACUUGAAGAGCUUGGGGGCGGAUGUCGUUAUUACCGACGAGGAGAUGAGGUCGAAAGGUUUCCGCGACCAGUUGAAGGAAUUUACGAGCGGAGGAAGGGAAAAGGUCAAGCUUGCGUUGAACUGUGUUGGCGGACCGCUUGUGAAUGACAUGGCGAAACAUUUGGCGCCUGGCAGUCCCGUGGUGACCUAUGGGGCCAUGAGCAAGCAACCGGUGCAGUUGCCCAUGGGCUUGCUGAUCUUCAAGGACAUCAACUUCCACGGGUUCUGGGUCAGCAGAUGGGCAGACAAGAACCCGCAGCAGAAGAAGGCUUGUGUGGAUGAGAUUCUGGACUUGACAAAACAAGGCAAGUUCCAGGACAUUCCUAUGGAUCCUGUAACGUGGAACUACGACACCAAACAAGACGAGCUCGUGAACGCUGUACAAGGGACUCUGGAUGGAUUUCGCAGUGGGAAGGGCAUUUUUGUGUUUGGAAACACUUGA